UCUUCUAGUGUACUUUUUACUUGGACUAUCUCAACUCCAUUAUCUCUUCCUCUCCUCAGUUUUUCCGGCAUUUUGCUCUGCCCCGCCCCUCUUACCUCCUUUUGCUAUUGCCCCACCUCAAUCAGUGACGUGUGACUAUUCCCCAGGGGGAAUCCCAGGUGGUAAAAGGGCCAUCCCCUUGGUCUUGGCUUCCUGCCCUUCGGCUCUUCCUGACCUAUUUGCGGAUCUGCUUUCUAAAAAAAAUUUUUUGGAAACCCCUACUCCAGGCGCGUACCCCGCCCUGCGGGGUUAGCGUCUCCUCCGCCCUGAUUCAGUUGGGGAGGGAGGUACCCCGGGAUCCGUCCGGCAACUUCACCCCUUCUUUUCCUAGGUAAGACUUGUCAGGUCUUUGAGCUACUUCGACAGCUGUCUGGGAUACCUAUUUGGUGGGACUCGAGGGCAUCCAGGGUGGAAAAGGGAUUGUUGGCCCAAGGUUAUGACCCCAGUUAAGUGUGGCAGAGGAAGCAGAACCAGAAUCUGAGGGAACAUGGUGGGAACAGAGCGCCAAGAAAGCUGGAGGAAAGUUGGGAGAGACAAUAUAUCCAGGUGGAGGAAAAAUUAGGAAGCAAGACUUCUAAGUGUAAACGGUAUAGAGGACAUAGCUUUUUGUACUCGACUUCCCCACCCCCCUAAAAUGAUCCCCUGCCUCCCCCCUGGGAGAGGAGAGGAAGAUCGGGAUAAAGACCCUUAUGAUCAAGAAGAGGACUGUGGCUCAGGAGAGGAGAGUCCAAGACACAGGGAUCCCCCAUCCCACAGCCCCCAACCUGAAUCCUUUGCUGGGCCUCAACUCCAUAGGGAUCAAAUUCGGCCACCAGACGUUAUGCUUGACCGUGGUCAGCAAAAUCAAGGGGAUCAGACCCCAGUUCUCACCCGGAACUUCAAAAAGGGAAGGCGGCGGCGGCAGCGGCAGCGGCAGCGGGCAGCUCCCUGGGAGUCUGACUAUGAGAAAGGAGCAGUAACUGAAAUGGCAGGGAAUUCUGGAUCUGGUAACUCACUCUCCUUCAGGACCAUCUGGCAUCCAUCAUUCUGUGAAUUGUUUGAUGCCCGGGCCAGUGACACCCAAUCCCUAGCUUUACCUGAAGUCAAAAGGAAUAGAGAGAGCUCCCAGAAUGACAAAGGUUUCCAGGCUCUUUGCUCAGAAGAUUUCUUUUUUUCCGACCCUCUCUUGCCUUCUAUUACUCGGAUUCCUGUUGGCCUGUCCCAACCUCCCCAACAGAUCCUGAGGAAGUCUAGGCAGCUUCUUACCCCACCACCUAUAAUGUCAUUCUGGAUACAGCCAAACCCAGCCCCUAUCUUGACUUGGCAGUAUGGUCCGGAAAUAACAGCUGUUACCUGCUUACUUGAGAUGAACCGAGGGGAGACCAAAUCUACCACCACCACUCCAAACUCCUCCCUAAGCCCACCCACUCAGCCCACCUAGCCAAAGGUGGAUUCUAUCAUCACAUUCUCGUCCUAUGCACAUCUCAUUGCAAGUUGAGGAAAGCUACUCAUUUCUUGUUUGUAAUAUUACAGGUGUUGGGAAUGAAUAAAAGGGUUCCCUCUA